AGCAAUCUCGGAUCCACAUUCCAGCUCUAAGACCCAACGCCUGCUCGUAUUCUUCUGGACUCCAGAAGGUACGUUUCGCACGAAACCCUCAGAGCGGUGCCAGAGUCUCCGUUCACCAGAUCGAGUCCCACCAAAGACUGCACCCAGACGCGCGCAGGGAAGCCAUGGCGGCGGCCGAGGCAGCAGCCGCGGUCCCCGCGGCCCAGGCGGCAGGAGCGGACGGCGCCCCGCCCGUUUCGGGGGCAACGCGGAGGCGGCGGCAGGUGCGCCGCCCGGAGGCGCAGCGGCCCAGGCGGGUGCCCAGCCCGCAGCCUCGGUGGCUGCCGCCAUUCGCCUGGACAGGGCAUCUCAUCUGGCAUCGCAAGAAACUGGCGGAGAUCUUCUACAAGGAGACCUGGUGGCUCUGUGCCAACCCCUGCCACUGCGGCGGCUAUGGCUUCGUCUCUGCUUCGGCAGCCCCGAUGUGCAUGUCGCACGAGAAGCACUGCUGCGUCGAGACCCUCUGCCAGAGCGAGCCCUGGGACGAGGGCGGCAUGGGCGUGUGCUUCGCCAUCUCUAAGAUCUGCUGUUUCGUGAACCAUUCUGGUUGGGGCGGCCCUAACGAUGGAGUGCCCCUCUUCGCUUGUUGCGGCGAGCAGUGCGACCGAGACUCAGGUGAGGACGUCAUGCUUAAGGAAGACGCUCAGUUGAUGAAGAGCACAUUCUUUCUUUAUUCCAUGGUUAUUGCCUGUGCACGGGGUGUGGACUCACCCCGAACUGCUCCGAGCCCUUCUGCAAGGCCAACAGAAAGUGUUGCUGCGUUCGUUCCGCAUGCUACACCACCGACGCCUGCCCGUCGGAUCGGGACUGCAUCUACUCGCACAGCAAGUUCAUGUGCUGCAUCAGCGCUUGCACGUGCCCCCCACUAGGUGGGAAGCCAGACGGCCUGCCAGCAUGCGCGUGCUUCGGCAAGGUCCUGUUCGGCGCACCAGCAUCGCCAGGGGAGGCGCAGCCACUGAUCGCAGCCCCCGCAUUGGAGGCAAUGGCGGCCUGAGCUUAACAGCUGAGUCUUCUGCAUCACUACAUAUUGCGGCAUGUAGCACUUGCCAGCCUGACUACCAAAUGCCGCGUGGUCGGCUUCCUCGUCCAAGCUUCCCGACUGGCGCUUGGGAGUCGAUGAGAUAGCGCCGAUUUGGCGUCGGCUAUUUCCCAUGUGAGUGCCCUCCUCUCCAUGUGAAAAUGCCAUGCUGGCGGCUCCCGUAUGCCGUCGCGUGAGGUCGCCAUGUCUUCUCGCGUAAGACCCGUUUGUUUUCGUCGCCCAUGCGGGCUUGCUGGUGCGGCGGGCUUGCUGGUGCGCCGUGCUGGUUGCUCCAUCAGGACCGCGAUCCUUUCUCGAAUGAAGGAGGGAUGCCCGUUCGAGGACAUGUGGAAUUGAUGCGCGCUCCGUGGAAACGCCCUGGGCACUGUCCGCUCCCUGGUGUCGCCCCCGCGCCCGCUCGGCUGGGGUCCCCGGCCGGAGGUGCAGGCGCCCUUCACCAUAACGAACGCUUGCCCGUGCGACGUGUACUGCUGCCUCAACCCCAGGGUGGC